CUGCACAGCUUAGUCUUGACAAUAUCUCAAUCGAGUUUGAAGAUGAGAAGGAUCGGCCGAGCCGUUCCUGAGUUAUUGCGAAAAUAGUCAUUUUUCCCUAUAGCUUUCUGUGGAAAAGUGGACCCAUCGCGACUUUCGUAAAAGACUUUUCCUAUCAUAGUCAAUCAAAAGCCCAACUGUUAUAUAUCAUUCAAUAGAGACUUUCAAGAGCUACAAACUGAUAUAUAAAACAUAAAGAAACAAGAGGGGUGACUUACAUAUGACAAGGAUAAUUAAAUAAAACUAGAUUAGAUUUUGGUCGAUGAUCUAAUUGAUCCAGAUAGAGAGUUCAAUCUUCCGAUGAUAGUGAUGAUACUCCGAGGUUUUCAGAAAUAGAGAAUUCGAAUGUGUAGUGCACUUUCAUGUCGAUACUCUUAGUUGUUCAGUGAUCAAUAGAAAUGAAGCUAUAGGAAAACGACUUUCUGAGGCUACGUUAGACGGAAGAGUUUAAAUCUGAGCUGUAUUUGGUCUCGAAUCCUAUUGGUUUGUCAACCCGCAAUAGAAAUCAACAUUUGAAAUGAUAGAUUAGCCAGUAUAAUUUUGAUAUUUUCGACAGUCUAGGAUCAUUGAUUCGUAUAAUUCACUUUUUAGAGUACACAUAACUCUCGGAUUUAAAUCCGAAGUUUCCGCAUUUAUUUUUUAUUUAUUCUUAUCUUUGAUAAGAAAAAAAGGGCUUACAAAAUCAAUCACUCAAAAAUCUUUCAAAGAAAUAAUGCUUAUAUUGUAAAGUCCCUUUCUAAUGUAAUUGUAAGAAAGGUUUAUAAAAAAAAAAGGGCCCUCAGAGGCUCUGCCUCUUGGCAUAUUCUUUCAAACAAUAAAAAAUAUUUGACUUUAUAUCGUAUUAUAGUUGACUUUUUUUGGUGAUGCGUCGUUCGACUACACCUUUGAGAAAAAAGAAAAACAAAAUUGAAUUUCUUUUUAAAACCGCAGGUUUUUCGGAUAGAGGUUGUCAAAUAUCUUUAUAACUUUUGAGAAAAAAGAAAGUAACGAAGAAAAAUUUUUAUCGUUUCUAUAAGAGUAAAUGACAGGUUAUAUCCCUAUAUAUUUAUUUCAGUUUCCAUGAUUCUAACGAACUGUGACUUUUUUGAGGGAGAGGGUCUUAAGAUAAUAUGAACAGGAUAGAAAAUGGAUUAGUUCAAUGUGUCUAUAAUUCCAAUAACAAAAUUUUAUUUUUCUCCUCGAAUAUAAAAUAUUUUCUUUCAAUACUUAAUGCAACAUAAAGUAUGAAGAAUUUCUUUCAUAUAAGGUUAAUUUUGCGACAAUCGAAUUCAACCUGAGUCAACUAUACGCUUGCAAAAAUUUUUAAGCUAGUCUUACAAUUUUUUAAUUAAGACAUCUGUUUAAAAAAAUGAGAAUUAUACCAUUAGAUAAAAUAAUAAAUACUCUAUCUGACAAUAUAGAAACAAAUAAUUUCCGACGUUUUGUAGAAAUAGAAUUAACUGAGGAAAACUAGUAAAAUAAGUAAACAACAAUGUACAUCACAAUGUUUUGAAGAAGUAUCUCUUGAAAAUAUGAACUUCCUUCUGUUACAAAUGGCUGCUAUUUUGAAUAUAUCAUAUGUAAACUCCUAUUCAUACAUCAAUCACAGAUAAUUUCGUUAAACUAAAGGAGUCAAAAAACCUUUCUAGAGGGGACUGAGCCUCCUUUAGUCCCCCUUUGGAUACGUCACUACGCUUUACGAUGAAUGAUCUCUCAACGCUCGAUUGUUUUUUAUGUUAAGGUUUUGUUAAAUAUAAGUCUUUGCGAAAUAAAAUUUCAGGAACCAUUUUUCGAGUUAUAGUUUGUACCAUCUUUCUAGACAUUUUCUCAUCUCAAAAAGGUUUAUAUUUGACCAAAGCAUCAAGUCAAAGGCAAUCAAGCAUUGAGGAAUCGUUCAUCGUAAAGCGAUCAGUAAAUUUUGCCUGUAGAUGAGCAAGAUAUUUGAAAGAAUAUUUUUAGGAUUUUUCUGAGUUUCAUAUACCAUUAUAUUGAGAUUGUUGCCACUAACAUUGUCUAACAAUCGAACAAUAAUCAGCAAAAUGAACUGGUAUAUUUUUGUGUAGCUACAAAGCAUAAAUAGGAUUUUUCGGAGAAAAACAAAAUUAUUUGUUACUUUUUUUUGUUAUCAAUAACCAAUAACAAAAAAAAUUGAUUUGUUAUUAAUAACAAAAAAUAACAAAUAACAAAUAACUUUUUUUGUUAUGGUUAUUAAUAACAAUAACAAAAAACUGACACUCCUAUUAAGGAAUAGUGCUUAUCACUGGUAUUUUUUUAGUAAUAUUCCGAAGUUAUGUUCUUUCCUAUGAAUUAUCUUGGCGUUCUCUCUCUCGCCUCUGACAUAUAAACUGAUAGCUUGCAGAGAGCAAGUAAUGGGUAUAUAAGCGAGCAAUAUUUACAUUAUUUUUAUUCUUCAUGAUGCUACGAAUAAAGAAUGAUUCUUCUUCUGCUAUGCGGAAUUCAGACGAUCAAUAUGUUCCGUUGAAAAAUGUAAGAGUUGAAUCAUAUAUUAGAUCGUUUGCUGCUGAUGUGACUAUCAAACAAAUAUUUCGCAAUGAUGAAGACAAACCAAUUGAAGCUGUUUAUUGUUUUCCAAUUGAAGAACAAGCAGCUAUUUAUUCAUUUAUUGCUCGAAUUGAUGAUCGAGAAAUUGUUGCACAAUUAAAAGAGAAAAAGAAAGCCCAACAAGAAUACACGGAUGCUCUUCGACAAGGUCAUGGUGCAUAUUUACUUGAACAAGAUGAAAAAUCUCAAGAUAAUUUUAUAAUUAAUAUUGGUGCAUUAUCAUCGGGAAAAGAAUGUCACAUUUCAAUAUCAUAUGUUUCAGAAUUGGAUCUUGUACAAAAUGGAAGUAAAAUUCGUUUUGUUGUUCCAACAACUAUCGCACCUCGUUACAAUCGAAAUAUAGGUGGUAUUAGUUCACCUGCUGGUACUACAUCAAAAUAUGUUCAAACAGCUUUAUAUACAAUAGAAUUUCAUUGUCAAGUGGAAAAAGUUAAUGUUUCUCACAUUAGUUCAAGUUCUCAUCCGAUUCAAAUUGAUGUUAGUCAAGAGAAUCUCUAUAUUAUUGAAUUUGCUCAAUCAAAUACUCAUUUAGAUCGAGAUAUUCUAAUAGAUAUUGAAUUAAUUGACAAUCAUUCGAAUACCAUAGUUGCGAUCGAACAAGGUGCUGUUAUGGUUUCAUUUACACCAACCAAACAGGAUUGUCAACGUGCAAUGAACAAAACAGAGACAAAAAAUGAAUUUAUUUUUGUUGUUGAUUGUAGUGGAUCAAUGGGAGAUGAAAAUAAAAUUGGAUUAGCACGAAAAGCUAUAUUACUUUUCCUCAAGACUUUAUUUACGGAAAUUACUUCUAUUUACAAUGAAGAAAAUGCUCAAAAAGCGGAACAACUUAUUAAUAAUUUGCAAGCCAAUUUGGGUGGUACUGAAUUAUUAUAUCCUCUCCAAUGGUUAGAACAACAUUCUCCAGAGCAAGGCCGUGCAAGACAAAUAUUUUUGUUAACCGAUGGAGAAAUCUCAAAUGUCAAUGAAGUAAUUGAUUUAUGUCGUUUGAUGGUAAGACAUACACGAAUAUUUUCAUUUGGUUUGGGUUAUUCACCAAGUCGUUCACUUGUAAAAGGUCUUGCUCGAGCAACAAAUGGACAUUUUGUUUUUAUUCCACCAAAAAGUAGUGUCGAUGUUUAUGUUGGUGAACAAUUACAAAAGGCUUUACAAUCUUCUAUCACAGAUAUUCAUGUUAAAUGGAAUUUCGAUACUACAAUAAUGAGUGCACCAACAAAAAUGCCACCAGUAUAUGCAAAUGACCGUCUGAUUGCUUAUGCACUUGUGAAAGAUCCAAAGUUUGUUUUGAAUCAUAACUCAAAUGUUGAACUGUAUACUGAUCAAUGUCAAUUAGGCAAAGCAAAUAUUGAUUCAAUACCAAAAAUGGCCAAUGAUGGAACAAUAGCUCGACUUGCUGUUAAAGCACUCAUUCUCGAAUUACAACAUUCUAAACUUAAGCAAAACGAUACUGGUUCCCUGCAAUCUCGAUUUAAACAAUUUUUGUCAUCGUUAACAAGCAAAACUCUGACUGAUGAAACAGAAAUGAAAAAGAAACGCAUCAUUGAUCUUUCAGUUAAAUAUAAAAUUUUGAGUCCACACACGGCUUUUAUCGGUGUUGAAAAACGAAUAAAUGGUAGCAAUGUUGGUAUGGUCUUACGCGAAAUACCCAUUGAAAUAUCCAUUGAUGAUCAACACCUACAGACAUCUGCCUUUGGGAACUUUGGUAAUAAUGCGAUGCCAACUGCUUCGACUCCACGAUGUAAGACGUCAAUACCAAUACAGAUGGCUACUGUAAAUGACUCUUUUCAAAUAUGCAACAGGGAUGAGUGUAUAACAUUAAUAUGUGCUUCGGAGGUUCCUUUUGCGAGAAAUCGUUAUCCCUCUAUGGACCUUUUAAAUAUUUCUCCUAAAAUGAAUACUAGCACCAAUGAAAAAGAUGAAGAAUUGCCAAAAGACGAUGAAAAUAUUGUUCGCUACUUGAUCAAGAAACAAAAAUUCAAUGGUUUAUGGGAUUUAACUACUGACAAUGUUGAAAAAUUUAUUGGCAAAUCUCUGUUAAAUUUUUCAUCAAAUGUGAAUGAAGAAAUGUUGAUUACAGCUAUCAUUAUAGUGAUACUUGAAACCCGAUACAUCACGUUCUCAACAAUGUGGUAUGGUUUAGUAGAAAAAGCUCGUAAAGGUCUCCUUGAUUUACUUGACAAUGACACUAAACAAUUGGAAUCAUUAUUAGAAAACAUUCGUCAACAAUUUUAA